UAACAUUGAAAAAUGGCAGCUGUGCAGCUCGACGAGGCGCAAUUCUGGCAGUCAAUAGGAAUAUUAAUAAAAAACUAUCAUGCCAUAAAUAAAAAAAUAUUCGAAGUGAUUAUAACGCAAGUUCAAAAGCUGCUGCUGGGAAAACUCUAUGAAUCCAAUGAGGCUGAGCUGGAACAACAGCUGCUGCAAAGCAAUAGCAAUGGGAGAACAUGUGACGGUUUUAGGAUUAGCUAUAAAAUGCUGACCAAAAAGUUGUCCACAAAUAUUUUAGCCAACGGAACUGUGGAUUUUAACAAGCCAAGCUAUGAAUGCCAUUUCAUAGCUGAUUCAGGUUUUGAUGACUUUACUGUAAAAUUGAUCGAUGGCCAACUGGAAGCGGCGCCACUGCCUCACCGAUCAGAAACGGUGUGUGAACAAGGCUCAAGAUGGGUGCAGUUCGUGUUAAGGCCAAAGCUAUGCAGUUGGGCCCAAAGCCAGCCAGACAAAAAGGCACAAAAAUCGUUACGCUUACUGGAUGUGGAAAUGUACAGCGAGCUGUACAAGAAAUUGAAGCAAAAACAUGCGCAACGUUUGCAGCAUUAUUGGCAAACGGCUAACGAAUCAACGGAUCCGUUAAAGUUCAUUUACGAGGAUUUGGCUAUUGCUGCAUAUUUAAUCACUCUCUGGCAUUGCACUCAAUCGCAGCCGACAGCAUUUGCGGACCUGGGUUGUGGAAACGGGCUACUAGUCCAUGUGCUUAAUGCGGAAGGCUACAAAGGUUACGGGUACGAUGUGCGCCAGCGUAAACUGUGGUCCCUGUAUCCGGAGCCAACCAAUUCGAAUUUAAUUGAGCAAACUAUAGAGCCGAACAGCUUUCGACUUGAUUAUCCAGACGUCGACUGGCUGAUUGGCAAUCAUUCCGACGAGCUGUCACCCUGGCUGCCCGUCUUGGCAGCUCGACUGAAAACGAGCUUUUUCUUACUGCCAUGUUGUCCGUUUGAGUUAUCCGGCGCCAAGUUUCAGCGGCGCAACACUAGAAUCAGCGCUUACCAGGACUUUAUGCUCUAUACAAAACAAAUGUCCGACCAGUGUGGCUUUGAAACGCAGCAGGAUCGCCUUAAGAUUCCAAGCACCAAGCGCUUAGCUUUAAUUGGCUUGAAGCACACAGCACAACCUGUUCAGGAGCUAGAAUAUUUUGUGCAGCAAGAGUUGCAAAAUCAUAAAGCGGGCAACCAAUUUUCGGCUAGUUCGGUGAAGUUGCGUGAGAAAGCCGAGAGCGUAAAAAAUUGCACUCAAGUGGAAAAGAGCAUAAUUGACGCGUUGGUACUGAAAAUCUUUAACAUGUUGCUAUUCAAUACGAAUACAAUAAAUGUCAAUGAUGCUGCGGAUAACAACUGGCUGGCUGGACAUCAUCUCACAAUGCGUGAUAUCGCCAAGGGUCUAACCAAAUCGGAGCUAAACGGUAUUAAAUCCGAAUGCGGUGGUAUUAAGACCCUACUCCGAAAUAAACGCGAAGUAUUUGAGUUUUGCGGCGACAAUCAAAUUGGAAUACGCAAACCUAAAGCGACUCCGGACAGGACUGGGACGACUAAAAAGCGACCCUGUUUCUUUAAGCUAAACCAUCCACAGGGUUGUCCAUUGGAAGGUGAUGAGUGCUCUUUUAUACAUUAAUUGUAUAUAGAAAUAAGAGUAGAAAAUAUAAAGUAAUGAUUGAAAAAUAUAAGUAAUGAUUGAUAACCGAAGACUAUAAAAUUUUGUUGUGUGUUAAGAUAUUUAAGCUUUGGAAACACAAGUCUAAUUCAGACAAUUAUUU